UGGUUUCAAGGGUUUGCUGCAAAAGUGUUGUGUCUAUUACCUGCUCCAUCUGCAGUUCAGAGGCUCUGCCGUGAGUCGCUGUGUAACUUACUGUAAAGUAAUCCUGUAGGAAAGCUCUUAUAUUCACGAAGAAGCAAAUCCAAGAUCGGUGUGCUUUAUAUUGUUCCUUCAGAUUCCAUCUAUUAUACGAUGUGCAUCGUGAGAAGAUGAAAGAGGAAGAGCAAGGACCGGGAGCACAGUGUCUUCUAGGAAGCCGCUGAUUAGGAAAGAGGUUAAAGAGGCUGAACCAUGACGUGCAAAGCUGCAGCAGAAGCCCAGGAGGAAGUUCAUUUGUGGCUGUGCAAGUAUCUUAGAUGCAGACUACAGGACAUCGUGGAGCUGAAGCUAUUGAGUGUCAUCUUGGAAUUCCACCGGCCUUGUUUUUCGAGCGACCCAACACUGACCACUGCAACGCACCCUUCUUGGACCUUUCAUCGUCCACAGAUCAUCACCAAAUUCUCAUCUGUCACCUCUGGGGCGUGAAGAAGAUUGCGUGCAGAUCUGAGCGUCUUGGCUUGACUUCCGCUCGUCCGCUCAUCAUGGAACCGAACUCUUCCGAGUCGUGCGACGUCAACGUCGUGCCGCUGAACAGAAUCCUGCCGCCUUUCAUGAUCAUCGAAUUCCUCCUGGGCUUGCCGGGCAACGUGGUGGCGCUCUGGAUCUUCUGCUUCCGUCUGAAGGUGUCCAGGCCCAACACUGUGUACCUGCUGAACCUGGCGGUGGCUGACUUCCUGCUGCUCAUUGGCCUGCCCUUCCAAAUUGACACCUACAAACGAGAAAUGAGCUGGGUGUUCGGGGACGCUUUGUGCCGCAUCAACUUAUUCAUGCUGGCAGUGAACAGGUCGGCCAGCAUCGCCUUUAUGACCAUCAUCGCCAUGGACCGCUACUUCAAGGUGGUCCAUCCUCACCAUCACGUAAACCAGCUGACAGACCAGCACGCACGCCUGAUUGCGGGGUUGGCGUGGACGGCGGUAGUCUCCCUGCGGCUCCCGCUGCUCACCAGCGAGCUUAACGUGAUACAUAACAAUAAGUCCCUGUGCUACAGCUUUGGUCACAAACAUCCGUUGGCCUUCGGCGUUAGGCUGCAUUACGUAGUGUUCGUGGGUGAGUUCUUCCUGCCUUUACUUCUUUUAAUGUUCUGCUCUUUUCGAAUCGUCGUCAUACUCCGUCACCGCUUCGUGGACCGGGAGAAGAAGGUGCGGCGGGCCAUCCGUGUGGUGAUGGUGGUCAUGGGCAUAUUUGUAGUGUGCUUCUCACCGAGCAUCAUCAUCGGACUCAUCGCCCUCGGGGUUCAGAUGUACACUAAAAAGGCCUGCAACCGCUUAAUGAGCGACCUCUUCAGACUCAGCAUUGCGUUCACCUACAUAAACAGCGCCAUGGAUCCGGCCAUCUACUGCUUUUCCAGCUCCGCGUUCCUCCACACUCUUAAAACCUCCUUUAACAAACUGGGCCUGUGCAGGGUGCACUUAAGCCGCAGGGGAAGUACGGCUAGCGAUGGGUAAGGACCCCAGGAACACCUUCCCAGGACUCAAAAGAACGGUCUCCCCCAAAAACAGGUGCCAAACAUUUCCAUAUUUGCUCAGCCUGAAAGGAUCUGCAAUUGCAAAACAUGUGUAUAUAAUAUACUUUGAGCUUUUUUUGAAAUGCCAAUGGGUAAAUGUUAUGCCUCGACCUGCCUCUGUGCCUUCUUCCCCGAGAAAUAUACAUUUCAUACGUGUUUGACUUCGCGUCAAAAUCAAAUGUGGGGAAUAUUAUUUCUAACGUGUUUUUGUGUCUGUAACGUUUCUGUGGUAGACAUGUUUAGCCAUGUAUAUUAUUGCGUUUUAGUGUUUUUUUCCUUUCGGUCUAUUCAUCAAUAAUCAACAGCUGGCUGGGUCUCGGACGGUCGGCUCUGAUCACGUAGCAGCGAAACGCU